AUGGUAAGUGCCGAAAGCUUACGACAAGUAAUCGGUGACCCGUCUCUUCAAACUGCUCGGCGUACAAUUCGUCUCCUUGCACAUUGGUUCCUGUUAAAUUUUGGCCACCCACUGUUCUCCGAAGAAAAUCAUCCACCAGAACAUUUGAAAGAUUUUGACUGGAACUCAAUCUCAAUCGAUGACAGCAUUUUCAAAAGUCGUCUGCGGUUACUGAUAAACCCCGAUUCGGAGUCUGCCCGCGUUGGAACUGAUUUUCGAGUGUAUUCAGUUGGAGGUGUGGAGGAUGUGUAUCUCAUGGGCGGUAAUCGACUAAAUCGCAGUUUUCGCCGAAAUACUGACUUCUUCGCUUUCACCCCAAAUUUGAAGAAAAUGGUUCCCCGUCCUCCGAUGGUCGGACAACCACGAGUUUACCAUGGCGUAGCAGCUUCAAACACGUGGAUUUAUGUCACUGGUGGAGAAUAUGAAGAUCAAACCAUAACUGCACUUUGUGAAAGAUUCAGCUUGGUGGAAAACGUCUGGCACUCGAUGGCGUCAUUAGACGUACCCAGAUCUCAUCAUGCUUUGGUGUGUCUUGACGGCAUUGUCUACCUCUUUGGAGGUUCGCAUCUCGAUCCCACCACUUUGGAUACGAUAUUAAGUGACAGUGUUUUUGCCUAUAGUCACCUGAAUGAUGCGUGGACUCGGCUGUCUUCACAACUGCCGAAAAAGCUUUCCGAUAUGACUGCAAUUGCCGCGUCUUGGCGUGACACAAUUUUCAUCUUGGGCGGUCUUGAAGAGCUAGAGAUUGAGGACGGCCUUCGGCCCACUGACUUCUUCCGCUUUUUUGAUCCGGCUCGGGCUCUUUGGGGUAGAUUGCCUCCGAUCCCCCGCGCUCUAAGUGAUGCCGCAGGUGUCUGUUACGAGCCCGGUGAUUGCAUCUACCUGGUAGGUGGUCUCCUCUCAGAUGGGUCGCCGUCAAACGAGAUAUUCUCCUUCUCCCUUUGUAAGGAACAAUGGAGUUUCGUUACCCACCUUACUUUGCCCCGCUACACAUGUUCGGUUCUUAUUCACCGUGAUAAAUUCUACGUGCUCGGAGGUGUCACUCUAGCGGAUGCGUUGACAAGUGAGGAGACUCGGUGGUUGGAACUGCAGCUGACUAGGGCUCAGUCUGUGGAUGAAUCCGUAUCAUUUCGUCUCCUCUCGUCUGCUCUUGAAGAUCCUCCAAAUCAGGUGAGCAGAGAAACUCUCACAAACACAAGUUCGUCGUCAGCUUCCUCUACAUCGUCGUCGUGGAUGUCAUUGAUGCCCCAACAACGGUCUGAUGGGGACACCUCUUCGGUACCACGACUAUUUCGGAGCACCUAUCGAACAUGCUUUGUGCCGGAAGCGUGGAGGAUAGUGAAGUCAACCGACACACCCAUGCCACACUCUCCAUCCACAGAGGACCUCUCACUGCUCCUCCUUGAAGAUCAUCCGAUGUGGGGGCCGGACGACGUGGGCACACCUCGCAGGAUUGAACGUGACCUUCUGGCACCCUACUGGCUUCAGCCGAUUCGUCUGACCAAGGCGAUGGGCUGGCAAAUGGGUGCUGCCAACCUCACGCCGACCCUUCGUCGCACUCGCUGCCUCGCACGGUUUUGCCUGGCUCCCAUGUUUUUAAGUGACGAGUCUUUCUCGGUGUCCUCCCCACCGCCUCACACUUAG